AUGACCUGUAUAUUGUGCACAACCUUAGGGAAGGCGACCCACGGCGUGCUGGACCUCGACCUCGACGAUGUUGAGGGAGUAAUUGAAAUUCUUAUUGAUUCGGACGACUGCAACGAUGAUGACGAUGACUGCAUGGAUUCCAGCAUGACCAACGAGGGUAUAUUCAGCUCGUCCCAUGAAGUUUUCGUUGUUCGCGGGUUAAGCAAGGCCGUGUCUGGAUUUAGGCCCGCAAUUACUUGCGAAGGCUUCCUGGCCAGCGUCUCACGUUCUUGCUCAGGCUACACUCUUUUGCCACGCGGCACGGACCAGCAACUGAGUUUCAAGUACGAGCCGCCGUCCGCCAAAUUUAGCUGCAGACGACCCGGCUGUAUAUCAUACAGGCUUCAGCUUCUCCAUGGAUCCCAGUUUCUCUACUCGCUGCGGGGUCUCCCCAAGGCAUUGCGCUGCCACAGAUCAGCGCAUGCGUUGGAGUGGGGCCCGGUGCACAUGGUGUUUGCCGCAGCAGCUGACCUGGACACGUUUCUGUCCACCCUCAAGUACGUGGAGGUGGAGGAGAUGUCAGCUGGAGGCGGAGGUGGAGGGGCGGAGGGGACGGCAAGUGGAGCAGGAGCAGCAACACUACACCAGAUGAAUCCGGCUGCAGCAACAGCCGCCGGCUCUUGCUGCAGUAGCACCUUCAGCCUGCCUGGACGAUGUGGCAGCAGCACCACCACCACCGCCACGGGGGCGCCGCCGUCGCGACAUGCUACGCACUCAUCGCAACGAAAAGAUGUUCAUCGCGGACAUGGGCGUACCCACACACCCCAUCCAGAAGGUGUAACGCUCUGUGGUUGCCAAAUGCACGGCGCCACUGGCAGCUGCGGUGUCGGUGUCGGUGGUCCGCCGUUCUUCACGACAACGGCGGGAGCUGCCGUACUGGCGGCGGUAGCGACAGCCUGUUUGCUGACUCAACGAAAUGGGCCCAACGGCGGCAGCAGCUCGAGCACCGCCAGCAGCACCGUUGUGCGGAACAGGAUGGUGGGCUCUUCCGCGGCUGCCGUUGCUUAA